AUGUCUACGGAUCCGGCCGUGGUGCCUACAGAAGGCCUACCUGUUGAGUCUGAUCCCAAACCCGACACCAACGCCCGACGUGCCUCCGGUACCGCCAGACGGUCGCGUCGUAAGAAGGACGACGAGCCCGACGCCAAGCCUAAAAAGGACAAAGAACCAAAGGAGAAGCCAGCUCGAGCUCCGCGUCGACCUCGGGAAAAGUCAACAACUACCGCCGGCUCUCGGAAGAAAGCCAAGCUGGAGCCAUCCGCUGAUGCGACGGGGGUGACGCUUCGGCAGACGCCCGAAGCCCUGUCCAAGUCCUUUGACAACCCUUCCCCGGCACCAGCAUACAGUCCCCCGAUUCACGCAGUCUCCCCACAUAACGCUUAUCGCGCCAGUGCAUCGCCAGCGAUCUCGAGUAUCAUCGACCCCCCUCAAACCUCCCAACCAAUUUACACUCCGCUCCAGCGUACCUCCUCUGGUCAUGUCUCUGCUCUCUCUUCACCGGCGCCGCCUCCGAUGGCUCCCACGCCCACGCAUCCAUCCGUAGCCCCUUCGCCCCUCCCCAUCUCGUCGCCUUCUCAUGGAGCCGUGCAUACACCGCAUGCGUUUUCGCAAUCGAAUCACUACACAACUCCAUACCCACCCGCUGAGCAGCGGCCUGUGCAAUCACAACCGCCAAAACUUGAGCUCUCUCCACCCGCUAUGCGCCAACCUCAACCACAAUCCCACGCGCACCCCGAACCUUUAAAGCAGCCGACCCCACCCAGACCCCAACCGUCCGAGGUAAUGGAAGUCGAUCCCAAAGAACAACCAAAGGAACAAUCUGCUCCUAGUGCUAAGAAGGAAAAGGGGACGGCGACUCCUGCAUCAAAGGCUCCAUCGCCUAAACCCAUUCGACCUGCUAAAGAGGCCCCGCAACUACCGCAAGGCUCUGGCUUGAUCAGUAACGCCCUAUUCGGAGUAGAUGAAUCUGCGAAAUCGCCAGACUCGCGCAGCACCCCGAAUAUCAUUGUCCACGUCCCUCUAGGAAAGGGAAAUCAGAUUGUCAAUUUCGCGCGACUGGCCGAAGAACAAUAUGGUUUUGCGGCUUUACAUCCGCGACUGGCCGCUCACAAAGCGCGCUUGGCCCGUGUGGCAGCUGCUGGUGCUGCAUUAGAGCGAAACGAUAAGAACGCCAAGGGCAUUUCAGCGGGCGAGAGUGCUGACGAGGACCUGAGCCUUGAUGCUGAACGUGAUAGUGACGUGGAUGGCGAUGUUGCGAUGGGUGGUACUGGUGUCGGAACCAACGGUGCACCCUCCGAAGCGAGCGAUGGAAAGAAGAAGCGCCGAAAGAAGGUUGAAGAGUAUGACCGUGAUGACCCAUUCGUUGAUGACAGUGAGAUGGUCUGGCAAGAGCAGGCUGCUGCUAGUAAGGAUGGAUUCUUUGUCUACAGCGGGCCAUUGGUGCCAGAGGGAGAGAAAAUCCAAGUGGAACGGGCCGAUGGUACAAUCAAGCGCGGCCGUGGCCGUGGCCGAGGCACAGGCCGAGGUCGGUCUACGGCUUCUCAUCCUCACGUCCCCAUUGCCGCCGCUGUGCCUAUUUCCCAGGAUACCGGCCUGCCACUGCGCGGACCUGGUUCGCGAGGUGGUACAACGCGCCGUCCGCGUGGCAGCAAGAAAGCAGACGGUGAGAAACACGCUGACCGUAACGGCACUACUGCCUCCGCGGCAAAUGAAGGCCGCGGUGGUCGCGGUGGUGGUGCAGGCAGCUCUAGCCGAGGUGGAAGCACCAGCACUCGAGGUGGAAAAGCAUCUGCACUAUCGACCCCGACGCCUGGUCUUGCGCCUUCUCCUUCAACGCCUAAUGCUGCACCUCCUGCUCCUGCUCCUGCUCCUGCUCCUGCUCCUACUCCUGCUCCUGCACCUGCACCUGCUCCUGCUCCUGCUCCUGCUUCUGUUCCUGCUCCUGCGCCGCCGGGUCCUAGCCCACUAGCUGGGCCGGAGCUCAUGAUGAAAUAG